AUAAACCUUAUGGCUUAUUACAAUUUACUACAUUAUCCUCACUAUUUGUUUUGCGAUGAGACGAGGUGAUACAAGUGGGACGAACGCGCAGACCAGCCAGGAACAGUUUCAAACCCCGGAUAAACCUCUUCCAGGUCCUUCAACGACAUCUGACAGCCUGAGAGGAUCAUUGACUUCAAAGAAGAGGACCGGAACACCCGCAUCUUCAGCUUCUACAUUUAGGUCAUGGAAGAGGACUUCAUUUGCCGGUGCCCGAGAUCAGCCGACACUCACGCAGAUCGACUUCGUGACGCAGAUAUCGCAGCCUCAGUCAGAUGAUGACGAUGAUCUCGAUUACAUCGCUGAGGCACCUAAAAAUGGUAACAGGGAGCAUAAGGAAGUCGUGGAGAUAGCUGAUGACUCUGGGAAUGAUGCUGAUUAUCGACCAUCUUCAAAUUCGCGGGCCCCGCGAACCCGCGGCGUCAGAUUCGACCAGGAUACGAAUAGUGUCGGGUCUAAACAGUCUAAGGUGGUUAGUCAAGGUGACGGCCCGUCGAAACGGGGCCGGAGGAAAAGUGGUGACGGUGUCAAGGGCAACAAGAAGGGCAAGGACAAGCAGCAGAAAGAUAAGACAUUGACCCAGAUGGACUAUGUAAGGCGGUACUUGAAGAUCGAGCCCGAUGAGGAUGUUAAAUUGGAGUACACAUAUACCACUCCGCAAAAGCAUGAGCGAAAAUCCCAUAAUGUGCAUCCGCCGAAUGCUGAAGAUACGCCCCGCAGUCCGAAAGAUACCUAUGCCACCUCAAGUGAGACAAAGAGACGGAAGCUGAAUGAUGAGGUCCGAUCAAAUGGGGAGGCGGAAUCAACCGAAGACUCCAAAAUGGCUCAAUCAUUUGGAGGCCCAGUCACGCCGCGGAAGCCUAGGCGAUCGGAGAUACCCUCCUCUCAGUCGCCAGAGAGUCCCGGACUCGCAAUCAUCACAUCAUCGCAGUUCCGUAGUGCAACUCGCUCUCCCUUUAAACGAGAGUCCCCGACCCCAACCAUUAAACGCAUCAAAGAAGAAUCUCCUGGCCACGGUCAAGUAGAGGAUGCCCCGCAAAAUCCGGAACGAACAUUGUCCCAUGAUUCAACUCCACCAUCUAUGAAAACCUAUCCUCCGCCGACAAACAAGCUUAACUCAAAAGAAAGCUUAGAGACCAAUGCGAGCUCCACCCAGUCCUACUCUACGUUAGGGACAACAGUUUUAAAAGAGGGAGAUCAUAUACAUCAUGGCCUUGAUGAGCGCCACAUGACUACGCAGAGGACUGUCGUUUAUGAAACAGACGCUGAGACCGACAGUGGCGACUUUCAAGACAACGAAUUCAAUAUACCUGACUCACCUUCCGAGAGAGUGACCGACAACCAAUUCCAUACUUACGAAGAUGAUAAUGAGCUGCCAACCGAAGAUUCUCAAGAUCUUCCACCAAUUCCUCCAUCCGGGCUGGAUGUUGAAUCCGGUCCUCUGCAAUCAGAAACCAAUCUGCCAUCUGACGCAUCAAUAUACUACCGCAGGCCGCAGCAAGCUACACAGUUCCCACUCGAGCCAAUACCCGCGCUUAAUACUCAAAAAAUGGCGGAGCUCUUUCCGGACUAUCACCAAGAGUCGGCUACUGUCUCCGAGCCGCAGUCAACACCACACCGUCCCCUUUAUACCCAAACGCAGACCCAAUCUCAAGGCCAAUACCAAGACAAACCUUCGACAGACAUUGUUCCCGAAUCAUCACCUAUUGUACGUUGUGAAAGUGGAGUGAAUCCAAAAGACGCUAUUGAACGAGGUCUUGUUACUCGAGAAUCUGUCGUGCAAGUGGAGUCAUCACAACCUGCAGAUAGAUUUCAAAGGAAAGCCGAUACUGAUAGAAGCUCUCAGCCACGAGGUAUUCUAUCAAGGAGUGAUCUUCUGACAUCGAGUGUAAUGGAAAGUAUACCAUUGCCGGCAUUUAUAUUGGGCAGUCAGGAUAGUAUCGGAGAGCCUUACUCAGAUAUCCAAUAGUAAUGCAACAAGACGGGAUUGAACACAG